CUUCUCUACGUCAGCCUCAACCCCUUGUCUGUUACCCAAUGUUCGAUUACUUUUGUAGCCUGUGAUUCUCUAGGAUUAUUAUAGGUAAAUCCGUAAUUCAGAAAAUUAUUGCUUUUGACUAGUAGUGGUAGCCUGAUGGAUGCAUUGUGAUGGUAAUGAGUAAUGACAAUCUUAUUUUGGGGAUUAAAAAUGUUAACUUUUGCUGAAAAACAAUUGUAAGGAGAAGUGUGUAAAAUAUAAUGAAAUUUAUAGGGUAGUUGUUUUAAAUGGUAAAACUGCUAAAAAUAUUUUCAAAUAUAGCAAAAUGUCAUUAUCUAUCAAUGAUAGACCACGAUAGACCGUGAUGCCAUUGAUAGAUGCCGAUAGACCGGGAUAGAUGUUUAUCGCAGUCUAUCGCUGAUGGACAGUGACAUUUUGCUAUAUUUAUAAAUAAGUUAACUCAUUUUCCUUUAUUUGAAAAAAGUCCUUAAAAAAUUUAUGAUACAAGGAAGGUAUUUUGUCCACACCAGCUGUCUGCAAGUUUGCUUUAUAGAUCUAUUAUAUCAUCAAGCAUUUUGGAGUGACAUUUAAUUACUUCCUUUGCCUUCUUGCAUAAUCUUUUUUUGUUCUAUACAGGCCAACGGAGGAUUUAUAAUGAGUGCAAGUCACACAAUCUAGGUGGACCUGAAUACGACUUGGGUAUUAAGUUUACUUAUAGCAAUGGGCAACUUGCACCUGAAUCAAUUACAGACAAAAUAUAUGGAAACACCAUUUCUGCUUAAUUACAACGUUUACAUCAGCAUCUCUAAAACUCGGAAGCGUGACUGUGGCUGUGGUAGACUUUGACAAUAGUAACACCCUGGAACUCCCCAUCAUUCGCUACCUGGGAAGAAAACAUGAAAGAAAAGAAUGAGCUUCAAGAAGCUCAGUGAGUGUUCAAGCAAGAAAAUGGCUAGCAGGGCCGAGGAACCACAAUGAACAGGACGACAUAAGUUACACAAUAAUAUGACCAGAGAUAUAUAUUCUUCUUUGUGCACUUCCCCAUCUCAAACCUUCCUUUCUUUCUGCCUCUCUCUCACAACCGCUGUUCCCCUCCUAUCAUCGUGCACUGUUCUUCCUGUCGCUGCUAACCAUAGAUGAGAUCGCGAAGCUGUUUCCUGGUCUUUUCGGCCAAUCGUCGGCUGGUUGGUGCCAAGUGAUUCCAGUUCGGUGCAGGUGAAUAAGAAAUUGAAGAUCAUAGUUGUCUAGGGUGGCCAAGCAUCGGGAGGGCAUAAUGUGAUUUCUGGACUAUUUGAUUACCUACACAGGUUCAUUAAAAAGGAAGCACGUUGUAUGGUUUCAAGGGUGGUCCUACAGGGAUCAUGAAAUGUAGAACUGACUGCAGAAUUUAUCUACCCAUAUCGCAAUCAGUUUAAGCAAGCUGAAGAAACUGCUCAGAAGCUUGAUCUGGAUGGCCUUGUGUAAUGGUGGAGAUUGAUUCCAACACAAAUGCCCGUCUCCUGCGGAACUUGGAAACUUUAGAUAUUUUUCAGAACUAUGAAAUUUGUUUAUUGCCUCCCUCCUUUUUGCUCUCUCUUUCUCUCUCUCAUGGUCAUAUAUGGAUAAGCUAUUAUAUGUUAUUUUUAUUGAAGAAAUAUAAGGUUGAGUAAUUAAUUACUCUAGGUACCAUUUUUAUUGUGUGCAAAGACUGUAUUUUAUUUUCCCCUUCUUUUUGUUGUUUUCAAAUUAGGAGUAAGAAUUUGAAAACCCGAGUGAUUGGUUGCCCAAAAACUAUUGAUGGUGAUCUCAAAUGCAAAGAGGUCCCACAAGUUUUGGAUUUGAUUCUGCUUGCAAGAUAUAUUUAGAAAUGAUUGGUAAUGUGAAUGGUUGAUGCUCGAUCUACAGGAAAAUAUACCACUGUAAGCAUUUUGUUUAAUGAAAUUGAAACUAAAAAUAGUUCUGAUGUGCUGACAUUUUCAUAAUAACUAAAUUAUUGACAUUAUCAGUAUUUUCAAGUUCAGAUAUGUCCACUUUUUUAAAAAUAUAUAUUUAUAAAUAAAUAAAUAAUAUUAAUAAUAAAGCCCAUCUUGUUGCUUCAUCUGUAAAAAACAGAGCACUUCUCUCUGCUCAAUUUUAUUAACCUUCUCUGAGAUUGUACAAUCAUUGUUGUGAUGUUGUGAUGUUGAUACCUUUUUCUUUCUCACUCAAGUUUCAAGUUUAUUAUCAUAUGGCAAGUGUACAUAUAUCCAUAGUUGGACGGCUUAUGGGUCGUGCCGCUUCUCACAUCACACUGGAGUGUGCUUUGCAAACUCAUCCAAAUAUUACUAUUAUUGGAGAAAAGGUAGCUGCUUUAUUUAAACUACUUAAGAUAGAAAUCUUUGUCAAGGAGGACAUUUAUCUCCACGUGCUUUACCAGAUAGAAAUCUUUGUCAAGAAGGGCAUUUACCUCCACGUGCUUUACCCUAGGGUUAUUUAUUCUCUUUGAGAACUAGACUUUGUCUCAUUAAUAACUAAUAAUCUCUGCAACAGAUACUCUCAUGUAAACAUGAAAAUUGAAAUUGUUGAGUCAGUUAAUAUAUCCUGUUUUAGAAUUUCAUGUUCUUGCAUUUUUACAUGGAAUGGUAAAUAUCCAACAAAACUUAAGGGUAAAGAUGAAAAAUUUGUGAUAAACAAAGGAUUCAUGGAAUUAGGUUGAAACUUUUAAUAUGGUGCAAUGGAACUAAGUAUUGACAUCCCAUAUCAUAAGUGAUAUCGGAUGCCUUUUUUGUCAGCUUUGAAAACUUUGUUCUCGACCACCUUGUUGUAGUUGACUCAUGGAGAUUUAAUGGUUUUGAAUGUAUGCAGGCGAAAAAAUUUCCAGACAAAAAAUAAUUUGUUUUGAAUGUUGACUCAUUUAUUAAUAUAGCUUUAGUUUAUAGGGUACAUCGAAUUUACAAUGUGUUUUGCAGGUUGCGGCUAAGCUUACCAAAACGUUACAGACUACAUUGUCCAUGUAAUUAGUAAAUGUUCUGAACUUGGUUAUUAAUUAUGGUGUUGUACUUGUUCCCGAGGGUUUGAUUGACUUCAUUCUGGAGGUGCAACAGCUUAUUUCGGAACUCAAUGAAAUUCUUGCCCGAUGAUAUUAUAGAUGAGGAUAAGUUAUGGAAAAAGAAACUUACUACUCAAUCUCACCACCUUUUUUAAUUUUUCCCAUAAGCAAUCCAAGAACAAUUGUUGCUCGAAAGAGAUCCACACGGCAAUGUUCAAGUACAAAGGGAUGUGUGGUUUACCCACGAACUUUGAUUCAACUUAUUGCUAUGCUUUGGGUUACACUACUGGAGCAGCUCCAGAGUAGAUUAUUAUUCAGCAAAAGGGUGGUGGACGGUCAUGAUAGAAGGGUUUUGUCGUUAGAAAACAAGGGAAUUUAUUCGUUGAAAUCAAUGGUCAAUCACCUCUCUGUCUUCACCUUUAGAAAGAGGUUUGGAGAAAGCUCUUCGGAAAUCCAAAAGUCCCCGACAGGUCAAUAUCACGGUUUGGAUAAUGAUUUUUGGUUCAUUGAAUUGCACGGAAACUCUGUAAAGGAAUCUCUGACAGGUCAAGAUUAUUAGUCUUUAUCUUUAGUUAGUCCUUUCUUUGAUUUUUGAAUUGUUUUCAGUUGGUCCUUGCACAGGUUUGUUCUGUUGUAAUUUUGGGAUUAUCUUUUGUUUUUGUAUUUGAGUAUUUUGGUUAACAACGAACUAUGUUUGAUGUCUGUGUAAGGAGAUGAUGAGGGUACUAAGGGGGUGUCAACCUAGUUGAGAUGUCCUGGCGCACCUCUUGAUCCAAUCUUUUACUGCUCUUUGUAUCGAUCUCGUACUUCGAGCAUUAGUCUCAAUUCAUUAAUUCAAUGAAGAGACUCGUUUCUGUUUAAAAAAAGUGCUUAUUAAAUUUAUCCCCAUCCUUUGUCAUUUUUCUUGGGUUUUUGGUGGUGUCGAUGCCUUCACAACUCACUUUUUGUUAAUUUACGAAAGUAUUUCAGCAGGAGAAUUACCUUGCUAAUUGGAUCCAGGUUUGGAUGUUUGCCUUCUAUGGGCAAUGUUAAUAAUUUAUGUGAUCUCAGCCUGAGUUUUGAAGCUUGUGUUACAUUAGCAUUUUGUGUCUGCAGGCAUUGUUCAAUUCCUUGCCACCAGGGGAUUACAAAAAUGGGCUGUUGGUUUUAGGAGGCAGUGGUCGCUAUUUUGAUAAAGAGGCCGCACAGGUCUCUUCUAGAGCUUUUAUUUUUUCUUAAUUCAGUAGUCUAGUUUCCUUGCAUAUGUUUUGCAGAUUAUCAUCAAAAUUGCUGUUGGAAAUGCUAUCAGUAAAUUAUUGGUUGGACAGUAAGUUGAUCAACCCUGGACUAAUUUCCAAAUGCUGUGGCCUUUUCCCUUAUAUUUUCAUGUUCAAAAAGUUAAUCUACGACUUCUCUUUUGGACAUGCAUGUACGAUGUACCAACUACCGAGUAUCAUUUGAUGAUAUAGUUCACAGUAAACUUGAAUGUGCAUGCUUUUUGAUUCUUGAAUCUUGUCUAGAAUCAUGGAUGCUUAUUUCGUAUUUUACUUUUUAAAUAAGAAAAGAUUUUAUUAAUCAUGAAAAACAAGAACUAAAGGAAGAUAUCCUCCUUAACCAAACCCCACGGAUUUGUGUAGCAAUUUAUUUCAUAUUAAUAUUUGAAGAAACCAUCAUGGGUUGGCCUGGUAAAUAAGCGAACAUCUCCUUGAUAAAAGGCUAAGAUAUUGGAUUGACACGUAUCUUCUCUACGUCAGCCUCAACCCCUUGUCUGAUACCCAAUGUUUGAUUACUUUUGUAGCCUGUGAGAUCCUCUAGGAUUAUUAUAGGUAAAUCCGUAAUUCAGAAAAUUAUUGCUUUUGACUAAUAGUGGUAGCCUGAUGGAUGCAUUGUGAUGGUAAUGAGUAAUGACAAUCUUAUUUGGGGAUUAGAAAUGUUAACUUUUGCUGAAAAACAAUUUUAAGGAGAAGUGUGUAAAAUAUAAUGAAAUUUAUAGGGUAGUGGUUUUAAAUGGUAAAACUACUAAAAAUAUUUUCAAAUAUAGCAAAAUGUCAUUAUCUAUCAAUGAUAGACCACGAUAGACCGCGAUGACACUGAUAGAUGCCGAUAGACUGGGAUAGAUGUCUAUCGCAGUCUAUCGCUGAUGAACAGUGACAUUUUACUAUAUUUAUAAAUAAGUUAACUCAUUUUCCUUUAUUUGAAAAAAAUUUAUAUGAUACAAGGAAGGUAUUUUGUCCACACAAGCUGUCUUCAAGUUUGCUUUAUAGAUCUAUUAUAUCAUCAAGCAUUUUGGAGUGACAUUUAAUUACUUCCUUUGCCUUCUGCAUGAUCUUUUUUUGUUCUACACAGGCCAACGAAGGAUUUAUAAUGAGUGCAAGUCACAAUCUAGGUGGACCUGAAUACGACUGGGGUAUUAAGUUAACUUAUAGCAAUGGGCAACCUGCACCUGAAUCAAUUACAGACAAAAUAUAUGGAAACACCAUUUCUUUUAAGCAAGUUGAAGAAACUGCUCAGAAGUUUGAUUUGGAUGGCCUUGUUAUAAUUGGUGGAGAUGAUUCCAACACAAAUGUCUGUCUCCUCGUUGAAAAGUUUAGUGUACAUAUAUCCACAGUUGGAUGGCUUAUGGGUCGUGCUGCUUCUCACAUCACACUAGAGUGUGCUUUGCAAACUCAUCCAAAUAUUACUAUUAUUGGAGAAAAGGUUGCGGCUAAGCAUGUUCUGAACUUGGUCAUUAAUUAUGAUGUUGUACUUUUUCCCGAGGGUCUGAUUGACUUCAUUCCGGAGGUUGCCAAAAUAGAAAUUGAAAAAAUGCUUAUUCAAAUGGUUGAAACUGAGUUGGAAAAGAGAAGGCAAGAAGGUGCACAUAAUGGAUGGCCAAUUCAAGGGGUACUCACAUUUCUUAGGGUACAAAGGGAUGUGGGAUGUAUGGUUUACCCACGAACUUUGAUUCAACUUAUUGCUAUGCUUUGGGUUACAUUGCUGGAGCUCUCCUCUAGAGUAGAAAAACUGGACCAAUAUCAUCAGUCUGUCUGUCCCACUUCCUUUGAAGAUUGGACGGCUGGCGGAACUGCAUUGACUUCGUUAAUGGACGUGGAGAGGAGACACGGUAGAAUUCGUUUGGAGGUAAGUUCAAGCCUGUGAUCAAGAAGGCAAUGGUGGAACUAGAUGGUAAUAUGAUCUCUUUCUAGAGCAAAUUACGUUUCCCUUAAUCUCCUUCCCAGUCUUAUAAUUCACGUCGCUCCAUUUGUCAUGUGAGGAGGUCAGAUCAGAAUCCUAUCAUUAAUUAUGCAAGUUUAGAUCUAAAAGAAGAAUGGAGCAGGUGAUCUAGAUAUAGGUAUCUUACACAACCAAAUUGAUGAAAAUCGAACCUAUUUUUCAGAAUUUGGAUAAGAUGUUUUAAUUAAGUCUCGGUCAAAUUCCAUAGUUGGAAAUGAGAUAUCUAACUUCUUUGUAGUUUCCAUUCUUCCAUGAAUUAUUAGGAAUAUGUUGAGUUCAUUGUAAUGUCUAAUUUUGUUGGUGUAUAUUUUUGCUCAGUAUUGUCUUGUUUUGUUACGUAUUCUCUUGUUGUAGUGUUCUUUCUCUCUCCAUCUUAUGGUAAACUUGUUUUCUUUCUUCUUGUCUUUUUUUCUCUUUUUUCUUUCUUAUUUAUCUCUGUUUCUCCUUCUAUCUUCUCCAUCUCUUGCUUAAUUUUCUCCAUUCAUAUUAUCGUAUCUCGAUAUUUUUGUUUUUCUGUUUUUUUCCUCUCAUUUCCAUUGAUACUCUUUUCUUUUAUUUCUCUCUCUUUUUGUUUGCCCUUUGUUAAAAUUUGAUACUUCAUGUAUUAUUAUUUAGUUUAUAGCUAAAUGUUAUUAAACCUAGAAUAUUGAAAUAUUAAUUGAGUAACUUGGUCAUUAGUGUUGGGUGUGUGUAUCAUUGUGGGUGUUAGUUUAAACAACAUAAAAAAUUGUUACGACUGUUGUAUUUGAUUAGUUAAUCA